AUGAAAGAAACAAAUAAGCAUACCAAAUAAAUUUGUGGUCAGAAUAUCUUUUACCUUCUUUUUUAUUACGAGUUUUUGCAAGAGCGGACAGGUUUAAAAAAAUACUCAUAUAAGUAGCUUGAUCGAACUUGUUUGCAAUAGUAAUAGCUUUACUUAUACACAUAGAAAGUAAGCAUAAUGAUGUUUAAGCCAUAUUAUUAGCACCAUAUGGACAUCUUGCAAAAUAAUACUUACUAUUUUAUGAUUGAUAAUUAAGAAGACAAACUCAUUUACAGAAUAGAAUAAUUCAUGUGCCUUUGUGGCUGGUUCAAAUAGAGAUUCAAUAAUUUUAGUAAUAAUAGCUGCAAAGAAUACAACACAUAUGAAUUUCUAUUGAAGAAACUAGUUUUACUAAUCAGAGAUACAAUGUAUACUUUCAAAAGUCAACAGGAGAGAGGUUUAUACGAAAAUAUUAGGCAUCCAUAAUUCUUUUCUGUAUGCUCAAUAUUUUAUUUGGUUUCUAAAAUGGUCUAUAUAAAAUUAGUGCUGUACCUAUAUAGGAUCAAGUACUCUAAAUUCAAAUUAAAAGAUUUCAGUAAGCUAACAUUAAAUUUUAACUCAAAGAAUUUUUCUAUUACGCUGAAAAAUUUAUAUAGGUGCAUGCAAUAUUAUCAACGUGAUAACUGA